AGCACUGUGAUUUAAUUUAGUAGCCUACAUGCUAACGUUAACGUUGAUGUGAAUGUAAAACCAUGUCAAUGGCUAGAUGAUAAUCUUUGUAAUUAUAGAUACGUUGAAUCUUAUUCUGUCAUUCUCUAACCUUAUGGUGACGAAUUUAGCGCAAAAGGCUUUGGAUUGCUUUGCGAUGCAAUUGCGAUGUCUUGCUAGUUAGCCACGAUAGCCGACGAGAGCUAAUGUCAAUACAUUAAUUUGCCAUCGCAUUUGAUACCAAUAAGGUGGCUAGCAGCAGUUGGGCAGUUCAUGACAGGCCUGUGUCCAGUGGCUUUAUGUAGCUCCUAUUAUCUAGUCGAUAACAGUUAGAUGUGUGGAUUGUUUCACGGUCUAGUUAGCCCGUUUUGUUGGCUAGUUAGAUAGCAUACAUUUAGCAGGAUAUGCGCAGUAUAGGAGCUAUAACAUUUUUAUUAGCUCGCAAGAUACACUGGUAGUUUUAAACAUUACUUGAUGUGCAGAACAUUAGCAGCAGAUCUCCGUUAUAACCAGGGGUAGACGAACAUGGGUGGCAAUGAUGAAGACAUGUCAAACCAUCUGGUCAGUAAACAACGCACAGAUGAAGAGUUGAACGAAAAGAAUCAGCGGAAUAGCCAGGAGCACAGCGGCAACAGCGCAAAAUGGGUGAAGGAGGGCCAAAACCAGCAGCGCAAAGUGGCGGAGAAACAGCAGGACCCCAACCACAAUGAUAAUGUCAACUGGAACGAGGACAGCUCCCCAAAUCAAAAUAAUCAAGAUGACGUGCAGGGCAACGAGGAACAGAUUAACACAUCAUCAAAAAUACUGCACUCCCUCCGCCUGAACCUUGAUGUGGAGUCCAAGAACAUCCUAAAUGAACCUCUCAUUAUUGAAGCACUGGAUGGAGAAAAGGGCAAAGAGAAAGACAAGAAUGACAAGGAAGAUGAAGGUGAGGAGUUGGACAGAGACGAAGAGAAGGACGUCUCAGCACCAAGCUCGGGAGAGAAAAAUAUGUCCCCAGCUGAGGCUGGGUCUGUGGAGGAAGGAGAGGACCUUGGCAAAGACGCCUGCCAGUUGUUCUCCGACAUGAACGCAACACCUAGCGAGGAAGAUUCCAGCUGGACAACGGUGUCACAGGACAAUAGCGCAGACAAGUCUCCCAAUGGCAAUGGCGACUCAAUCUGGGACUCCAAUGCUUUCGAGACGGACAGUGACCUGCCUCCAGGGUGGAUGCGCAUCCGAGACACCUCAGGAACCUACUACUGGCACAUACCCACAGGCACUACUCAGUGGGACCCCCCCUUACCCUCUGACAAGGUGGAGGAGUCCACAAUGUCUUCCAGCAUGUCUCUAGAGACGACCCCGUGUGAGGAGCCAGAGAUCACUUGGGGCACUUCAACUCGUCCAAAUAUAUUUGAUGAGGAAGAGCCUUGGAAGGAUGAGGAGGCCACAUCAGAUGAGAGUCUGAAGGAGUUUGAGGGAGCUACUCUUCGCUAUGCAUCUAUCAACCUGAACUGCUCCCAGUCUGAGGAGGGUGAGACAUCUGCCGCACUCUGCACUAACCUGGAGGCUAAGUGUUUUGCCGUGCGCUCCCUGGGCUGGGUGGAGAUGUCCGAAGAGGAAAUGGCACUGGGAAGGAGCAGCGUGGCCGUCAACAACUGCAUUCGUCAGCUCUCCUACCACAAGCAUAACCUCCACGACACGGCAGGCAUCUGGGGAGAGGGCAAGGACAUGCUGAUGGUGCUGGAGAAUGAGCAGAUGAACCUGAUCGACCCGCUGAGCCAGACUCUGCUGCACACCCAGCCCAUCGUGAGCAUCCGCGUGUGGGGCGUGGGACGAGACAACGGCAGAGAAAGGGAUUUUGCAUACGUAGCCCGAGACAACCUGACCCAAGUCCUGAAGUGUCAUGUGUUCCGCUGUGACACCCCUGCCAAGCACAUUGCCACCAGUCUGCAUGACCUGUGCUCCAAGAUCAUGGCAGAGAGAAGAAGUUCCAAGCACGGGCUGAGCCGCCUCAACUCUGACUCCUCCAGUCUGGGAGCCAUAUCAGUGCAAGAAUUCCCUGUGCCAAAAAAUGAGCUGUUCCAGCGUUUCCAUGUCAACUACCUUGGCAAUGUGCCCGUGGCUAGGCCAGUAGGUAAGGAACGCUUGGGCAUGGACACCAUCAACGACGCCCUGCAAGCCACAAUGGACAGCAAAGAGAAGCACGAGUGGACAGCGGUGUCUGUCGACGUCGCUCCCGCUACACUGACCAUCUUAAAACGAGAGACCGAGGAGGUCCUGUGUGAGUGCCGCGUGCGUUUCCUCUCCUUCAUGGGCGUGGGGAAGGACGUCCACACCUUCGCCUUCAUUAUGGCGGAGGGCCCUAGCGACUUUGUGUGCCAUAUGUUCUGGUGCCAGCCCAACGCCGCCAGCUUGAGCGAAGCCGUCCAGGCCGCUUGCAUGCUGCGCUAUCAGAAGUGUCUGGAUGCACGCCCGCCCAGCCUGGGCUCCUGCCUGCCGA